CACCAAACUCCAUACAACUUAAUUCGAACUUUCCUUAACGUCAAACCACACACACUUAUAUAAAUACCCAAUACAAAUCCUCCAAUUCUCCACACCAAAAAAAAAAAAAAACCACACCAAAGUGUUCUUGAAAAUGGCAUCUUCUUCUACUUGUUGUUCCAAUUCCUACUAUACGUUUCUCUCGUUGUUUGUACGGGUUAUUUUGCUGUUUAGUUGCUUAGUAAAGCCUGGAUUGGCUGCUGGUUCAAACUUCAAUCAAGAAUUUGAUGUGUAUUGGGGCGAUGGACGUGCUAAAUAUCUCAACAAUGGCCAACUUUUAACUCUUACACUCGACAAAACUUCUGGUUCAGGGAUUGUGUCCAAGAAGGAGUAUUUGUUUGGAAGGAUUGAUAUGCAGCUCAAACUUGUCCCUGGCAACUCCGCUGGCACUGUCACAACUUAUUAUUUAUCAUCUCAAGGGUCAAAUCAUGAUGAGAUAGAUUUGGAGUUCUUGGGUAACCUAAGUGGUGAUCCUUACAUCUUGCACACAAAUGUCUACACUCAGGGCCAAGGAGGAAGGGAACAGCAAUUCUAUCUUUGGUUUGAUCCAACUGCUAAUUUCCAUACCUAUUCCAUCCUCUGGAAUCCCUUGUCGAUCAUUUUCUAUGUUGAUGGGACACCAAUUAGAGUGUUCAGAAACUCAGCCUCAAAGGGAAUUCCGUACCCAAACAACCAGCCCAUGAAGGUGUAUGCUAGUCUAUGGGAUGCAGAAGAUUGGGCCACAAGAGGUGGGCUUGUCAAGACAGACUGGUCACAGGCUCCAUUUAAUGCUUCAUUCAGAAACUACAAGGCAAAUGCCUGUGUAUGGGCAAAUGGGAAAUCCUCUUGUGGAACAAACUCAACAAAGAUGCCAUGGUUCUCACAAGAACUGGAUUCCACAAGUGAAGCCAGGCUCCAUUGGGCCCAAAAGAAUUAUAUGAUUUAUAAUUAUUGCGCCGAUACCAGGCGUUUUCCACAGGGAUUUCCUCCAGAAUGCACCAUAAACACCUAAAAUAUUGUGCAUUAAGAUAAUUACUUCUCAUGAUUUUUAUUUUUUUUGUUACACGCUACAUAAAAUACAUGUAAAUUAUGAAAUUUUGUAAUGAAUAAAAAGUUCUUGCAAUGUUUGUUUGCAAAUAUAUUAUGUUGUAUUAUGUUGACGAAAUUAUUGCAAAAGGUUGAGAUAUGAAAGAAAUAAAAGUAAAAAUCAAACGGAUGAUGCAAUUUGCACUGACACUUAAGCAAGUAUUAUAUGAUGAACACAUUGUCUUUGAAUUCUGGGA